AUGUUCAAGAUUAGUUUUUUUUUAUACAAUCGCUUUGUUCUACUUAGCGAUAUUUCGCCUUACUUGCAUUAAAUAUAUAUAUAGGAUCGUCUAAAUUGUUCUAUGAUAUUUCAAGACAUAUUUUUCGUACUCUCAGUAAAACAUUCAAUAUUUUUCGUAUCUCACGUAGCCGGUGAAAUUUGCUAUAUAAAGGAUCCUAUUUUUAUAGCAAUUAGUGUUGAAAGAACCUGCCCUUGUCUGACACAAAAUUUUCGGAUUUUUUAUCUUUGCUCUUUUUUUUCUGCUUUAUUUAGGUUUCGAAGUUUUCUCUAUCGAUCGGACAUUUUUCAAGAAUUAAUAGAUACAAGUGUAUAGGUCAAAAAAGAAUAUGUGAAACAUUUUCCUUAACGAAUUAGUUUCUAACAAAAAAAGUGUAGAAUUUCUCUCAUUUCUCAAGCACAACACUUCCGAUCGAGCAGAAAGUUUUUUUGUCCUACUAAUACUAGUGUUAGAGUUCGCGCUCACGAAAAGCAACGAACGCAAUUAAAGAUGUACGUAUUUUCUUCUCUCUCUGCUUAUUCUUUAAAAAAAACAAACGUGUAUAUACGCAUAUGAAAAAACAAGGACAAAAAUAGAAAAGAAUACAAAGAUUAAUCAAGGACAAAAAUAGAAAAGAAUACAAAGGUUAAUCAAGGACAAAGAAAAGUGAUAGAAACGAAAUAAGAGAAACGAAAAUAUCCUAGAAAACAGAAUAGAUAGUAUCGAGAUAUAUGUUAUAGAAAUGCACUGUAACAACUAGAAAGUAUUUAGGGUGUCUACUUUUUUUUUGUUUUAAAAUAUGAUAUACGACUGAUUUUUACUGGAAUUUACAAACAGGUAUAAAAAGUAAACAUCCUAAUUAGCAUCUAAUAUCUGUCAAAAAAAAAACUUUCAACUUUGUGAAACACAUUGCAGCUGAGACAAGGUAGUCGGUUUUAGUCCUUGUGAUCUCAGUUUUUCCUAUAGAAAAGCAUUCGAAAAUUUUCAUUCUAUGAAAAUUAUUGCUCAACUCAUCGAGAUCUAUCUGUCCUGAAACUUUUCGAAUGAGUCGAUCUCCUUAAGUAGAAAUAAUAUGGAUACCUAUAAAAACUGCCGACACCCAUGGUUACUUUGAUUUUUAGUUAUACAAAAUAUUUUACAAAUAAAUAUCAAGAUAACUAACGAUAUCUUUCACAAUUAAAAUCAAGGUAACCAUGAGUGUCCGCAGUUUUUGUAAGUAACCAAAUACUAUAUAGGCACAAAAAUUUCUUUUCUUAUUGAUUUGUGUAGUAUACAUUACACAUGAAAGAAUCACUAAAUCUUAUGCAACAUUUUCAACAAACUCAGAAUGUUUAAUCCUUUUGGUGCUAGCACACAGAAUUCUAUAUGUUUUUUAAAUGUUUGAAUAGCUCACGAAAGGAGAAUUUGUUGUCUGAUCACGAAUAUGUUAUUAAUUUUGCUUGCAAGUAUCUAUAAAGUAAAAAAAAAGAUGCAAAAUAAUUUGAAAUGACUUAUAGUUAGGACGAAUAUAAAGCUUUCUUAACAAAAUCUUAUCAAUGAAUAUUUUAUCUCCAAAUUUUUAUUAUUAAAUUUUUUUCAUGAUUGUAAUGAAUAUUAACCACAAAAGAUGUUGAUGGAUUUCUCGAACCAUACACUAGUUAAUCCUCAUACUUUGAAUAAAUAAUCUAAAGACAUCGUAGAGUAUCUGAUGUUAUUUUUAAGUAAGAAUAAUAUCCCUCCAUUGAUUUGUGAAUUUUUUCAGAAGAAUUUGAACUUCAAAAGUGCUCGUGAUCAUAAAUUAGUUGUAUUUCUGUAACUAUUAACAGCUGAAGCUUCAAAUUUGUAUCGUAGAUAGAGAAAGGUAGCAAUUAGAUUUUGAUAAAAAGAAAAAUUUUCAUCUCUCUUAGACCAGUAGUUAUUAACAUUUUAUGACGACAGAACUGAAAUGCUAAUAUUUCACGAAUCACCCAGACAAAGAAGCAUAAAUCUGUUGCGAGAUCAGCAUUCGGUAAUAACAAUCAUCAUACAAAUUUAGAAGUUUCUAACUAUCAUCGUCGAACAAUGCCACUGAAAAGGUUAAAAUGACUAAACUAUAGAUCUUUUCGGAAGAAAAAUUCUAUACAAGAAGCACUUGCACAUUAAGAUUCGAUAUUAAUUCUUUUCUUUUUUUUUCUUAUCUCUUUAGCCACUCUGUUAUUAUUUUAAACUUCAACCAAGCAUUGUUUGUGGUACACCGGAUUCUGAAAAACAAGAGAAUCGUCGGCAAAAUGAAUCUUGGCAACAAUUAAUUGCAAAUGGUGAUCGUUAUAUUGUAUCUGAUGAUAUAUCUCCAUUAUUAUCAAAUGAUUUUAAGAAACGUAAAGAAGACGAAAUAAAAAAAUCUACAGAUCCAAGACGAGUAUAA